AUGUGCCGCAAUCGUGCGCGCGUCGUGGGAUACUUUUUUGCGUAUUUUGUCUCGCUGAAGUGGAAUCUCCAGAUCCUGCAACGCGCCGUUCGCGAGAUUCCGUGGAAGAGCCGGCACGACAUUCUGCGAGAGCGCGAGAAGCCGGUGUAUGCGUCCGAGUGCCGGGGCACACCCCGGAGGGAGUAUUCCAAGAACGUGAUUGACGGGGUUCGCGUCCAACCCACGUUCAACCCCUUUGUGAAACUCAACAAGGCGAAGCGCUACGUCCUUGACAACUGGCCGUCCAGGAACUGGGACGACUGGUCUCCGUACCGAUGCUACGUGCGCGGGAGUCGACGACGGUACAACAUUCCUCAGGAUCUCCUGCCCUACAAAGAUGAACUCGGCGAGUGGCAUCCGCCUCGACUCUCGGCGCGGUACCAGGCAGACGUGAAAAAGCAAUACCUCAUGAACAACCUCCCUUGGGUGUGGCAAAAGGAUUUUUACGAAGGCAAAAUGCACUUUGGCGAUAGAGAGCCUCUCGGACCGAAGGCGUGGUACCGGAAAGCUUACAGAGAAGAAAGGGUGAAAGAGGCGAUGAGGAAGAUGGACGAUCUCGUUCUCGAUUAUCGGCAGGAGAACCGAGACCGACGGAGAUACAAUUGGUUCGAGAAGGUCGUCCACGACUUUGCAGGCGAAGAAAUUGCGACUCAAUUCAUUCGAAAGCGAAAGGAGCCGAAGCUGUAA